UAAAGCACUGUUUGGCCUGCACUGGAGAUAUUUAGAGGCUUCCCCCACUGUUGAUGGUAAAGCCAGCAAAGAUGAACAGUUUUCAUAUCACACUUUUGAUGGGCUCCCUGUGGUACCUAAUGGGCAGAUGCUACUCUCUUGGGCAAGCCAAUGGCGACAUCAGACUGGUCAACGGGUCCCAAGCCUGCUCUGGGAGAGUGGAGCUCUAUCUGGGUGGUCAGUGGGGGACCGUGUGCGAUGACCGGUGGGGCCUGCUCGAUGCUGCAGUGGUGUGCAGACAGCUGGGCUGCGGGGACGCCGUCUCGGCUCCGCAUUCGGCCUACUUCGGAAAAGGGCUCGAGCCGACCUGGAUGGAUGAGGUGCAGUGCACUGGCGUGGAAUCCUACCUCACCGACUGCGCACACAUUGGGAGCGCACAGGAGGACUGUGCCCACAGUGAAGAUGCUGGCGUUGUCUGCUCAGAUUGUGGGGAUGACCUCAACAUCUGUGGUCCCAAUGCAAAGUGCAUCAACACUCCUCAGGGUCACAAUUGCACCUGUCACGAUGGGUUUUUUGUAAUCAUAUCAGGCUCCAUGCCCAGCACCUCAAACCCCUGUGAAGAUGUGGAUGAGUGUGCCGAAAACGCAUGUGGUGCCAACGCUGAGUGCUUCAACACUCCACAAAGCUAUAAGUGCACCUGCCUGGAUGGGUACAUCUCUUCUGGACCUAUCUGGGAGGAUGGAGUUACCGUGUGCAUGAGUUCAGAGGAAUUUCUUGCCUCUUUCAACCCUCCAGAGGGCCAAUCACCUGAGAUGUUCUUCCUCAGCAACAUCAACAAGGAUUUGGAGGACAACCCAGAUAUUGUUCUGUCUGAGAAGACAGUGACUAGUUUCCUGAGCAUGACCUUGUCUGCUGCAGACAUGUCCCUUGUGGAGGGAAAGGGUGGUACUGCAGAGGUAGCCAGCAUCCUCCUGAAAAUCAUUGAGGGGCUGGUGUCUGCCCUGGUGGAGCCCACUGAGACCCAGGCUAACAAAUCUGUGAAGACACCAACCAUGGAGAUUAGUGCAGUGGCCAUUGGACCAGAGGCAAAUAUGACUGAGAUGCCUGCGAUACUUGCCAAGGGAAACAUGAUGGCAGUCAAUCUUGCAGCUGUUGCAAAGAACAACAAUGGAUCUGCUUCUGCUGUUCUGAUGUCAGUCAAUGGGAUGGAGAAGGUCCUGAGUCCCAGUUUCUUCGAGAGUGAAAAUGUCACGGAGAUGUAUUCUGACAUCAUCACCGCCACACUGCCUAAGACAAAACACAAGGAGCUCCCUGAGCCUGUCAACUUCACUGUGUUCCACAAGAAGAAGUUCCAGGCUGGGCUGGUUACCUGUGUGUACUGGCAGGAACAGGGGAAGGAGACUCACUGGUCAGUGGAUGGGUGCACAGCCUCCUUCUCCAAUGAGAACCACACAGUAUGCAGCUGUACCCACCUCUCCACCUUCGCCCUCCUCCUGCAGACGGAGGAACAGAAAAAGGAUGAGGACAAUUCUUUGCUGGAGGUGGUGAACCUGGUCUGUAUGAGUGUGGGUCUGGCCUUCCUCACCCUCACCAUCCUCACAUUCCUGCUCUUUCGCUGGAAUCCAAAAAUCAACAACACCGCCCGCCUCCACCUCAGUAUCAGCCUCUUCUUGGGUCACCUGCUCUUCCUUGUGGGUGUGUCUCGCACUGAGAAUGCGGUGGUGUGUGCAGUCAUUGCAGGCACACUGCACUUCCUCUUCCUGUCCAGCUUUGUGUGGAUGCUGCUGGAGACUCUGCAGCUCUUCCUGCUGGUCAGGAGCCUGUCCAAAGUGCAGGUCAUCCAGAAGGAGGGGCUGAGGGCACUGUACCUCCUGCUGAUUGGCUACGGAGCUCCCCUGGUGGUGGUGGGAGUGUCUGCAGCGGUGUUUUCAGGUGGUUAUGGCAGCAAAGACACGUGCUGGUUGAGCAAAGAUCGAAACUUCCAGUGGAGUUUCAUUGGUCCAGUGUGUGCUAUUCUCACACUCAACUUGGUCUCAUUUUGUGCGAUCCUCUGGAGCCUGCAGCCUACUCUAGCCAACAUGAAGAGUGACGUCUCCCAGUCUAAAGACACCAGGCUGAUUACUUUCAAAAUUGCUGCCCAGUUUUUUGUUUUGGGAUGUUCCUGGAUCCUUGGGUUUUUCCAGAACAGUGUUAUCUUAAAAUAUAUCUUCAUCAUCCUCAACUCACAGCAAGGCACCUUCAUCUUCAUCGUUCACUGUCUGCUCAACAAAGAGGUGCGGGAGGAGUACAGGAGGUGGCUCUCUUGUCUGUGUAGAACCGAAGGGCCUUCAGGAGGCAGACACAAAGAGAAUACUCUGACAGAUUCUGGGGUGUCAACCUCCUCUACAACAAAGGGCAAGGAAGGAUCAGGAUGAGUCGGCACAGGAUUUGAUGUGAACCAGUGAUUCGGCUCCAUGAAGGCUGCUUCAGUCUCAGGACCAUGAAAACCUGGAGCGAGACCUUUUAGUUAGAGCAGUUGAGAGAGCCACCGCAGAACUGAAUCCCCAAAUAAAUCGCCUGUCGAAGUUGGCAAGGCCCAGGAAGUGCUGCACCUGCUUGUCUGAGUUGGGUCGUGGCCAUUCCCUUAUGGC